AACGAAUAUGAGCAAAGAAAGCCCUUGCUUGUCCUGCCUGAUUGUUUACCGGUCUCUAAAGAGUUGAACCCUCUGUCUGACCAAAGUCUAUUCAAAAACUGCACCGUUUGAACAGGGCGUUGCUCCACUACCUACUUCGAACCUCGUUCGGCGUAAUGGAAAGAUUUUAACGGCAAUAAGGAUUCAAAUACUUAUUCCCAAGCAAAUCGUGGUGAUUUGUAUUAAAUUUUCCCAAAGAGAAAAUGAGUGACUAAUUGAUUGUCCGCACAACUACUAUGUACCUAAAGCUCAACAUAUCUCAGUUCAAUAGUCGGGCCGCUCAAGCGGGGCAUCGCUUUACUCCGACUCCGAACCAUGAUCGGCGUUAUUGGAGCCCCUCUGCGGCAGAAAGAUCCCAUGGUUUUUAAAUUGACACUCAGGGGUUUUAUUUCCCAAUCAAUCCUAGCCUUACAGUACUGGUGGUACACUCCGAAAGGCUCCACAAAUACAAGAACUGGGGUUCGACAAUGGAUGUCUCACUCGCGUACACCCCAACUAGUCUCAGUGCUCAGACUAGACCCCCCUGCGUUGCAGGGUGGACCGAAC